AUGCGGGCGUCACCCUUACUACCGCCAGGCUCUGGGCCCUACAAUCCCGCAUCUCCUGCCGGGUCCUUCGGCGCGGCUCGCACGCGGUCGCGCUCCGCCUCUUUCUCCACCUACUGCCCUCCGCCGAUCGUCGUCCCCAGCAAUAAUUCAUCAGAUCCCGCCUUCCCCGGUUCCACCUCCCCCUCGCCUUCCGGUUACCCAGGCUCGGACGGUGGUUCGGAGCCCGAACCAGGAGCUGGUUCGGCAGCGGGCGGCGGAAUCCGCGGAUAUGGACAGCCAAUGGGAGAUGCCGCCCAGCCCCGCCGCGCGCACUCCCUGCACGUGUCGGCGCAAUCCAUGCGCGUGCGCGAUUCUGUCGAAGCGGGCAUCGCGGGCGGGUCCACCGCUUUCGACAUCGGGAUGGGGUCGCCGACUGCGGCGCUCCUUGAGCGGAGGCACGUCCGCCGGCAACUCCGAUAG